AUGAAUGGGCGUGGCUUAGUGGUCACAGACAACCGAAGAUAUGCCUGCUCUGGCCUACCGACAGCUUCUUCUGCAGGCACUUAUGCAUAUAAUCGGCCGCGGGUACCUAGCGACCGCCACCCAUUAUUAACUGCUCUGUUGGUGGCUGUGGCAUCCAGAAUCGCUGUCUCUUCAGUGCUAAUGGUAUGGCUGCUCCUUAUCGCAGUGUGCGUUUCCAUAAUGUAG